UUGUAGAUUAGAUCGUUGCGGAUGUCUUCUGAAGUCAUAUAUCACUUGCCAGCGGCCUUUUAUCGAUGCACUCUAUGUCUGUCGUAGAAGGAUAACGUUAAGCACAUUUUCGGCUUCACCCAGUCAGUCCAUGGCCGAUCAGCAUGAGUCCAUCGAUCUCGGUUGUCCUCCAAUGGACUCGUCAGCAGCUGCAGGGCACUGCUGGUUCCCCAGUCCCCCUCCACCCAUCUAUUCCUGUACCCUGACCCCUGAACUGGUGGCCAAGGCACGCGAGGAGCUCCAGGAGAAGCCAGAAUGGCGUCUACGGGAUGUUCAAGCACUGAGGGACAUGAUACUUAAGGAACAGCCCAAUCUCAGGACGCGACUGGAUGAUGCCUUCCUGCUGCGCUUCCUGCGGGCCAGGAAGUUUGACUAUGACCGUGCCCUGCAGCUGCUCCUCAAUUACCAUGCAGGACGUAAGGCUUGGCCAGAGGUGUUCCAGGACCUAAAGCCAUCCACAGUGAAACACGUCCUUGACCUGGGCUUUCUCACAGUGCUGCCACGGCCAGACCCCAACGGAAGAUACAUCCUGUGUCUCCGCCCAGGAAAAUGGAAACCAAAUGAUUACCCUUUUGUUGACAAUGUGAGAGCGAUUUAUCUGACUCUGGAGAAACUGAUCCAGCCGGAGGAAACGCAGGUGAACGGCAUUGUUAUUUUAGCAGACUACACCGGAGUGGGAAUGUCACAAGCAUCCAAUCCAGGUCCGUUCCUCGCCAAAAAAGUUGUGAGCAUCCUCCAGGAUGGGUUUCCGAUCAGAAUCAAGGCCGUCAACAUAAUUAAUGAGCCCCGGAUUUUCAAAGGCAUCUUUGCUAUAAUUAAGCCGUUUCUGAAGGAGAAGAUGGCAGAGAGGUACAUCCUCCACGGCUCAGACCUGCGCUCCCUGCACCGGAACAUACCACGGUCAGUUCUACCGGAGGAAUACGGCGGCACCGCGGGCCAGCUGGACAUGAGUGCGUGGUCGAAACUGCUGCUGGACUGUGAGGAGGAAUUUAUAGUGGAGUUCUGCCAGCCAGAUCCACUAGAGGGCGUGGUGCUUCCAGACUCCAUGCUCUUUGAAGGAGAGCAGGCCAGCGGGCAGGAUGAGGACACCUUCAGGGGGCUGCGCUCUCAACUUUACUACUGUUACUGAUGCUCGCUGUAGUCGCAGAGCUCCCAUCACUGAGAGGACAUUUCCUGUUUCAUUUAAGAAACAUGUGUGUAGACUUUUACGGGGCAAGUUGCCAAUAUUAUACAUGAUUUAUUUUACUAUAAGUAAGCAGCACUACUAUAGGUGGAAUAGUUGUUCACAUGUAGCCCAGCAUUCAAUCAUUGGUCUAAGGCAGCUCCAGAGUCUGGUUUAGAUGCUUUUUUUCCCCCUCAUGUUCAGCCGAUGUUGGUGGCCUCUAAGAGUUUAUUAUCAGUGGUGUUUAUUUUAUAUGUUCACAACAGGUUUUGCUCGCCAUUCCUCAAAAAAAAAAAAAAAACUACAAAUCAAAUCGUGAGAUCGGGGACAAUCCACAGUCCUCCUUUUGUGUUUAGCUAGGGUGGUGCGGUGGUUAGCACUCACAUGGCAAAAAAAAACCUCUUAGUUCAACAGCUGGGGUCCUUCAGUGUGGGGUUUGCAUAGUCUCCCUGUGCAUGCAUAGGUUUUUCUCAAAGACAUUCAAAAUAAGGAAAAUUGGUUGUUCCAGCCUCUUUCCCAAAGUCACCUGGGGCUGUCUCCACCCCCCUCUGCAACUCUGAAUUGGAAAAGCAGUUAAGAAAAUAGAUUGAUUGAUACAUUUAGUUUAAAAUUUCUCUUCUAAUGUUCCUUUCUUUGCUUUAUGUUCCAUCUGGGGAUAUUCUGACAUAUGAACUUCAGGGUUUCAGGAGUCUUAGGUUGGAAUCGUUUCCACACUUGUCCUCUCUCACAUGGCACACAGCAGCAAAUGCUCCGCUUCAGGUUCAUUUGAGCUACCAGAAAUACUCCGUAUUCGGUUUAGGCGAGGGUGCUGCCUGUUUAGAGUGUGCAGGAGGCAGCGCACAUGAUGCCCACUCACAAUAUUAUCUGCGUUAUUCACACAUUGCUGCAAUCUGACAUCACUCAGACUUUGUACCAAGGAACUGGCAGUAUAAAGACCAGCUAGUUUGCUAUUAGUGUGCGUCAGACAGUCUUAAGUCCCAGAAAAGCCCCACGCUGCAGUGCAUGUUUGAAAAUGGCUUUUUUGAUAUUGGACCUUCAAUGCAGAGUCGACAAGAAACGCUGCCAAGGGAGGGAAAUGCUAAGAACACUGUAACUUUUGAAGUUACCCGCUUAUUUGGAUGAUUAUGCAGUGAAGGCUCAUAUUAACUUUUCUGCAUCGUGUGAAGACUGGAUUUUGCUUUCAGUCAUUUAUAGCAGGCUCCCUGAACACGAGGAGUGACUACAGCAAGGACAAACUGCUUUCAGUGUAUACGUUUUUACCAGUUUAACAGUAUUUGAAGACAUAUGGGGAUAUUUAAUAUUUUUAGCUGAGAAAGAAUUCUACAAAUGCUUCUUCAACUCACAUUUCCUCACUUAAACAUCCUUGUACUCAGUGUUAUACUGGCCAUUAGUGCUCAGUACGUAUGGAUGAGUAGAAGGUAGAGCAGGAAGCACUUAUCGGAAGGUUGGUGGUUCGAUCCCUGGCUUCUCCAGUCUGCAUGCCAAAGUAUCCUCGGGCAAGAUACUGAAGCCCAAGUUGCUCUCCAGUGUAACCGUCAGAGUAUGAAUGUGUGUUAAUGUUAGAUAGAACGCACUUAGCUGUAGAAAGAAGAGUGUGGGUGAAUGAGGCAUGUUGUAUAAAGCGCUUUGAGUUAAGAACCAGUCCAUUUACCAUUUGCCGUGGUUGCAUUGCCCCACGAUUCAGUCAGUUUCUGUGUAUGCAACCACCAAUUACAUUGCCUUAAAUGAUGUUGGACAUUUAGUUGGCAAUUUUGUGUGCACCAAAGCAAUACUCGUGUGUUCUCAUCAGGGCUUGUCUUACAUAAGAGUGGGUAUACUUCAUCGUUAUGAAGUGGUCAUAGGCCGCUGCUGUAGCUGAGAGAAAGGACAGUGUAAUAGAUUUACCCAUAAAUGUUUUUAGCCAAAUAUGUAACUCAUGGAGUAUUUCAGAGCCUUUGUUUAGCUGAUGCUUAAGUUUUGUGGCUUGAAUCUUUUAAGAGGAUUAUCUUUUAAGUUCAGAUAAUCUGCCUUAUGUUUUAUUUUUUUUUAAACCUGUUUGCCUGUGUUUCAUCACACAGUCUUAACACAGGGCCGUUCCUGAUCACAGCAGUCAUAUGGGAAAUAAAGAACAUUGAGUCCUGACUUUAUAGACAUCUGGUUUUGCCAAAUUGUACACCAGACCAUGUACAGAAAUGUGCAAUAAUGUUACAUCUGUUUUCUUGCAGUAAAGGUAACUUGAGUAUUUUUUUUUUCCAGUCUUUUGUAUUUUUAUUUUAAGCAUGUCUGACUAUAAGCUGUGUUGUGUUGCAGGAUAUUUAUUGUUGAUUGUGAAGACAGUAAAGUAAAAGCCAAACAGA